UAUUCAGUUGGAGACAGCAAACCCAUAUUAGAAUACUCUCUCUCUCUCUCUCCAUCAGUCCAUCUCUCCGGCCAGUUCCCUCGCCGCCGUCGCACGUCGGCUAUGGAGUACACAAAGUUCAUUCUGCCGCCAUUGUUGCUCAUACUCUUCCAGAUGCAUCUCUCUCAAGCUCUCCCCGCUUCAAGUUGUCCUUUAGAUUUAAGUGGGUCAAACUUCAAAAUGGCGGCAUCCGUCUGUUCUAACAAACAAGACAUAGGUAAAUGCUGUCGUUACAUAAAUGCAUUCGUUGCCGUUUCCGUUUCCCGUUACGCCAUCUCCACCGGUAACCUAGGAGUCAAAUCAUCGGACUUAACUCAAGUCUGUCUCCGUUCCAUCUCACAAACCUUGGAACUUUACGGUAUAUCCAGAAAUGCAACCGUUUUCUGUGGAUUCGGCACUAAAAUCUCAGUCAGCUACGACUGCCUUGGUAGAACCACGGUUCAACAAAUGCUGAAAUCUCCCAGAUUUCCUGAUUUAAGUCUGAAUUGCAGUUCGCAACUGUCGGAUGAUAGAAACUGUAAGAAAUGCUUGAAUGCGGGUAGUCUUUAUCUUAGAAAUUUGUUAGCUGGUGGGGAUAAUUUGACACUCAGUAUGUGUCGUGAUGCCACCUUUGCUUCCAUUGUUGCAAUCCAAUAUGUUAAUAACAAUAAUGUCUCGGAAGCAGCUGAUUUCGCUAAUUGCUUCUUUGGAGUUCAAGGCCUUUUUACUCCUCCAGAUAAUUCUCCUUCUUCAUCGUCAUCGUCGUCAUCAACAUCGCCACCAUCUCCGGCUCCAACUUUGGCGGCUAGCCCGAGUCAGAAACAACAGGCUGUUGUUCAACAUCGAGCCUAUCGUCUCACUUUGGUUCCUGCUAUUGGAAUAGCAGUUAUAACAGUUUCAAUCAUCAUGUUGGUGGUCUUGACAUUGCUCAUUCGCAGGAAAAGUCGAGAACUGGGGGAUGAUUUUGAUGAUAUUGAUAAGACUGCAGGAAAAGCCGAGAACCAUUCUUCCCUUGGGUUCUCUCAGACAACGCCAAAGAAGCUUCAGGAUGGUUCACUGCCUGUGUUCCGGAAGUUUAGAUUUAAGGAUUUAAAGAAGGCAACAGACAACUUCGGCAUGAUAAUUGGGCAAGGAGGAUUUGGAACUGUUUAUAAAGCGCAGUUUAAGGAUGGUUCUUUCGCGGCUGUGAAACGAAUGGACAAGGUCUCUAAGCAGGCCGAUGAUGAGUUCUGCAGAGAAAUAGAGCUUCUCGCUCGGUUGCAUCAUCGUCAUCUCGUUUCUCUUAGAGGCUUUUGUAUGGCGAAACACGAAAGGUUUCUUGUGUACGAGUACAUGUCAAAUGGAAGCAUAAACGAUUACCUUCAUGCUUCAGCCGUAGCACCAUUAAGUUGGCGGACUAGAAUUCAGAUUGCAAUUGAUGUGGCAAACGCAUUGGAGUAUCUGCAUUUCUAUUGCGACCCGCCUUUGUGUCAUAGAGACGUAAAAUCGAGCAAUAUUUUACUGGAUGAGAAUUUAAUAGCAAAGGUUGCGGAUUUUGGCCUGGCACAAGCUUCAAAAGACGGUUCAGUUAGCUUUGAAGUUGUAAACACUGAAAUCAGUGGGACUCCGGGUUAUAUGGAUCCAGAGUAUGUGAUUACUCGUGAGCUUACGGAGAAAAGUGACGUUUACAGUUUUGGGGUUGUAUUGUUGGAGCUUGUGACUGCAAGAAGGGCAAUACAAGAGAAUAAGAACUUGGUGGAGUGGUCGGAAACAUUCGUGUCGACGGACUCGACGAGGUUCUGCGAGCUGGUGGACCCGAACCUGGGGGAAACGUACGAUAUGGAUCAGCUUCAAACUCUUAUUGUGAUUGUGAAGUGGUGCACGCAAAGAGAAGGAAGGGAUAGACCAUCCAUCAAGCAAGUGCUCAGGCUUCUUUACGAGUGUUUGGACCCAAUGCAUAGUGGAUUUAUUGAAGCGGUUGAAGGUGGGGAAUUUGAAGAAGGAGGUGGACAGGGAAGAAUGGAAAGGGGGAGGAGACGGAGGAGUGAUGCAGGUAUGUUUCAUAGUGGUGAUGUGAGGUGUCUUGCGUCGUCUUCGAGCACAUCUAGGUCUUAUUGUAGUAGAAGCUUUCUACUAGAAACCAAUUCUCCACCAUCCCCUUGAGAUAUAUAUAGAACAUUGUUGUUCCACUCUUUUAUGUUGUGGAUUUUGAAAUCUUGUUUGAUGACAUUAUUGUCAUUUAUCAACAUUUGUCCAUCAAAACCCUUGAAAUGAUUGAAUAUUGUUAUUUC